CUCGAGGCACUUCUUCGUGCGAGGCUGACGGCUCUGAACUCGCCUGCCAAGCCUUUCAUUGUGGAUAUCAGAGGCAGAGGCGGCUUCUGGGGCAUUGAGUUUGAGCCUGAUCCAGCCAAGCUACCCAACGUUAAUGGGGUGCGCUUCGGACCUCAUUUAUCGGACAUUGCAUUCAAGAAUGGACUUCUCAUAUUUGGAAUGAGUGGAUCCAUCGAUGGAAACAAGGGGGAAUUCGCGAUAUUAGCACCCGCCUUCAACGUCACCAGUGAGGAAAUAGAGAAAAUUGGCGAUGUAUUCUCGAGGAGUGUCGAGGAAGCAUUGAGAGAUGCUGGCGUCAUCUAGAAGUGUUCAUUGUGACUUUUUGUUCACCAAUGGUAUAAUCGAUUUGAGUCAGUCAUCAAGACCCACGCCGCGAAGUCCGGAGCCAACCGAGAUCAAUUCAUUCCGCUGCGUUGGGGACACCAACUUUGCGAGUGUCGCGAUGUCCACCACUAUUACGCAUAUAGAUUCGCUUUCCGACUUAAACAGGAUACUGGGGGAUGGCGGGGCGAAGUUGACGGUUAUAGACUUCCAUGCUACUUGGUGUGGACCAUGCCAUCAGAUUGCACCCAAAUUUGAGGCAUUAAGCCGUCAAUACACCAAUGUCAGAUUUGCCAAAUGCGAUGUCGACCAAGCCAAGGAUGUGGCACAAAAAUACUCCAUUUCUGCUAUGCCUUCGUUCGUUUUCAUCAAGAAUGGGCAGAAGGUAGAUCUAGUUCGUGGAGCCGAUCCGAGAGGAUUGGAGAAUGCUAUUAAGAGACAUGCAGAUGGUUCGGCGGUUGCCUUCAGCGGGAGGGGACAAACGCUAGGUGGAUCGUCGAGUCCAGGAGAGACUCCGGCCGAUGAUGGUGAAGGCGGUCUUAUUGCGACGUGGAAUGGGUUGGACUCUCAGACGAGAGUCAUCCUUUUGCUCAUUGGAGCUUACCUUGGCUACGUCUUUUUCUUCGCAUGAGGGAGCCACAAUGUAUAUAAUUAUAGGACCCUGGGGGUGUAUUUCUACGUGCAAGGACUCGAGUGUCCGAAAUAACGCAGUGGAAGGCCACCCCUGGUGGUCAAUGUUACAUGGUGAAGGUGCGUCGUCACGCGAACGCGGGGUAACAAAAUAGAGUACAACAACAACAUGGUGAAAUAACAGGAGCUCACUGAAUUUUCCUCCAUCCUCGCAAUUAUGGG